AUGGGCUCGGCUGAGCAAGGGAGCGAGACUCCCAGAGAUGGCCGGACAUGGCGGAACUACUUCCCUAAAGGCGACCUUUGGGUGUUCGGAUACGGGAGUUUAAUCUGGAAGCCACCGCCGCAUUACGAUCAACGGGUUCCCGGCUACAUCAAUGGCUAUGUGCGGCGCUUCUGGCAGGCAAGUACCGACCAUCGUGGCACUCCAGAGAACCCUGGACGAGUUGUGACAGUGAUCGAACGGGAAUUUUGGGAAACACUGGAUGAUCCGCUGGCGCACCUUGAAAGUUCACCGACGGCCACGGUUUGGGGUGCUGCAUAUCAUAUCCCUGCUUCCCAUGCUGAGGAGGUGCACGAUUAUCUCGAUGUCCGAGAAAUCGAUGGUUACACCGUCCAUUACACCCCUUUCCAUCCCGUCGAUACCCGUAAGGAGCCAAACGCAGAGGAAUCUCCAUCAUCUCCAAUCGUUUGUAUGGUCUACAUCGGUCAACCGACCAAUCCGCAGUUUUUGCGGGAUUCGGUCCGGCGAGAGCAACAAGAUGUGGCCGAGGUGAUAAGUCGCAGUCAGGGACAGAGUGGUAAGAACACUGAAUACCUGUAUCUCUUGGAGAAAUCGCUUGACGGACUGGGGCUGGGGAGUGCCGAUGUGCACGUUACUGAUCUGGUGCGACGGGUCAAGGUUCUUGAGGGCGUGGAAGAAGCGGCGGCAGAGGAGGCCAAGGCGGAACGGGAUAUAGAGGAGGCUCUCCAUCCAUCUAAAGAAGAGGCUCAUCAAUGA